AUGCCAAAGCUAAAACUUUACAAGACAAGCGUCUCUAGCAAAACCGACAAGCAUUUAUACACUGAAGAAAUGACCCUUGACAAGCCUCUAAAAAUCCCUCAUGCCAACGAGAACAAGUUUGGCAAAAGCAUUUGCUUUAAACUCCCAAACAAAGUCCUCCACUGCCCUGUGUAUCCUCUGGUCAGGUUUGAUGAUUCUAUGGAGAUCACAAUUUCAACGGAUGGUAAAUUCAUUGAGAAGAAGCUAUUGAAACACAUCCCAAAAGAUGCAUCAGAACUCCUCAAUGGAGCAGUCGGUCAGAACGAUUUGUUGUUUGCAUCGGCGGAAGCCAAAAUCCGCAGGAUGAAAAUAGAAAUGAAUGAAUGGGAAAAGGUGGAUGCUGAUCCAUUGCUCCAGUUUGGUGAGGAAAUGGAGCCUUUCUUUGUCGAUCGUCAUGGCCGUCAUCAAGAUAGCUACACCUUGGACACAGUUGAACAGGCAGUUUCAUUCUGUCGGCCAGUACAUCACCACCGCUUUGAGGAUAUGCAGAUUGAGCUCCCGACUGAAGCUACCACCACUGCCGCAACAGCUGCCCCUGGCUUUGUUCCCCAAAUGAGCCCAGAGGAGUGGGCAGCAAUGCAGAAGGUCAUCAAGAUGUUUGGUCAAACUACUCUUUGA